UAAUGAUAAGUGAGCAAAUCUAGACCAUUUCGAUAUUAGUUUGGUUUCUAGCUUAAAAUGACGAAAAUAAUACUAUCGGUGCUUUGCCUGGCUGUUGUUCAAACCAGCAUCAGAGGAAGUCAGAAGCACACUCGGAUGCUGCUAGAAGAAUAUAGUCUGGAGGAUAUUGUCAACAAGUUGAAUAAUUUGACUUCGAGAGUUGAAAAAUGCGAAGCAGUCAUCAAACACGGACCGGUAGCAUUCAAAGCGCAUUUAACAAAAAGUGUGUCACCUGGAGCAAACGAGCGGAUCUUUUUCGAUGACGUCAGGCUUAACUUGGGCGGCGCUUACCAUGCACAUCUCGGUGGGUUCGUGACCCCAUACAAUGGGACCUAUCUGUUCUCCGUGUCUGUCUGCUCGACAUCCGGUCACUACAUUGUGUUAGACCUUAUGAGGAACAGCGAUGUUAUUGGUCGGAUUUUGGCGGGAGAUACGCAAUAUGACGACUGUUCAUCCGAAACUACGGUCGCGGAACUACGUGCUGGAGAUGACGUAUUCGUUCAACAUCAUCUCAAUACUGGCGACUAUAUCCAUUAUCAACAACACACGGUUAAUAGUUUCACUGGAACACUUCUGCAGACAAUGUAGCUGAAAAUAUAGGAAAACAUGGGUCAGGAACAUACUUUUUAGGGAGAGCUUUCGAAAAUAUAGGUGGAUCGUCCUGCGUCAACAAUUUUUUUCUUCACAUCAAUGAAACUGAUGAUCAGAAUAGCACUUUACUUGGUCAGAGACAUCUUGAUAUAAAGUCCGCAUAACUCUCUCAAAUUCGUUUAUGUGGUUCCGUUUGGCUGCAUUUAAGGAAAUAGAAAAAGAAACUUUCAAAGACUUCUUCUCAUUUUGGUCUAAACGUCACAUGAAUUGGAGGAUGGAUCUGUACCAGAGUUGCUCUGCGCCAUCGUUGGAUAAUCUUUCUUUCAAAUCUGUUCACGAAUCCUUAGCAAAGUUGGUCUAAGCAUCUUUGUAUUCACCUUUUUCACGUUUGAUAUAUUAGUUCCCUUUGACAUUUUUCAUCGGUUGCAGGAGCUGAAAUAGGAAAAGAAAUCCUCAAAAGUGAACAUAAUAUGACUUAUUAUCAACUUGUUCUAUGGGCGUUCACCAAACUUAGUCUGUGGCAUUCUGGGAUGAACUUUUCUCAUAGUUGUUCAAACAAUUUUAUCUGACUGUACUUAGUUGCGCCACAGCUAAAAACAAACCCCUGAUCAUAAAUUAGUGGACGGAUCUUCGUUAAACUUGGUCUGUAUCAUCCUUUAAUGACCUUUUCUCAAAUUUAUAUAAAUAGUUUCACCUGACUGUAUUCAGGAACCGCCAGAGCUAUAAUAGGAAUUUUGCAUGAACCGCUUGAUGGAUACUUAAGUUUGUAGUGUGACUGAUUGGUGCUUUCUCAAGUGUGUUCAAAUAGUUUGGCUUUUACCGCACUACGGGUCGCUAGAGCUAAAAACGUUUUAAAAUUUAAACUUUUAAUGACGCCUUCACAUGUACCCGGCUUGAUAGAUGUUCACCAAACUUUUGUAUGUCACAUCAUUGGAUAAACUUUCUCAAGUUUGUUCAACUGGUUCUACUGGACUGUUUUAAAUAAAGGGACUACCCGUGCUAAAAUUAAAAACUAUUUACAUAACUUUUCUUACGAGCCCAUUGAGGGAUGGUCACCAAACUUGCUUUCUUAGUAGCCUUGGAUGACCCUCUCUGAAAUUUAUAAAAACAGUUCCGCUUGACGGCACAGAGGCCACAAAGCAAGAUAUAUAACUUCUUAUCAAACUUGGUCAGAAUCAUCCUUGCUUAGACCUUUUCAUGUUUAUACGAAUUGUUUCGCACUUAGGGACCACAAAAAGCAUUCAGGUGAGCGUUUCUCGCGAACCGCUGAAUGGAUGUACAUCAAACUUGUUCAGAAGAACAGCCAAAAGAAACAGGUCAGGUGAGCGACUUAGUUUCUCAUGGCUCUCUUGUCUUAUUUAGCAGCGGUUACGACCAAAAAGAAUAUGAUUACAAUUGAUUUCCCAUGGCGUUUACGUUUAAAACGUCAUUCAAUACAUCGGCCAGGCAAAAAUGUUUCGAGGACCAUGGCCGUGAUAAAUUUUUUCGUAAAACUUUGUACGUGACUGACCCAGCUGUUUUAGAGGAAAAGUAUUAUGAAAAAUGA